CAGGGGAUGCGGCCAAGCUCAGGUACGCUGCUAAAACGCUCUUGGAAACCUGCGUCCAUGCCUCUAUGUGUGCUCAUUUGUAUGUAGCUCAAGAAUAUGCGGGAAAGCGCGUCUGCAAUUGCCAGAAGAAUGUUUAGGAUCUUGCAAUCCUUGGAUAUUCUGUAACUCCAUGAGGAUGUUGCGCAAACGAUCUUUAUCCCUUCAAGCUAGGGAAUAGCCGCCAGAGGGAAAUUCUUGUGCUAGGCCAAACCUGCUAGGGGACUGGCGUGCGCUUAACGGUCUUCUCUGAUUUGCUCCAGGAAUGCUCACAAGCGGUGGAAGAAGCUGCUGGUGGCUCACAAGGUUCCUGAGGACACCCUUAUCUACUGCCAGUAUCAUGAUAGCAGGGCGGACUUCCUACGGACCCAAAGAGAGUUCAAAGAAGCCGUCGAGCACCGGGAACAAGCGAUGGCGAUCUACGAGAGUGCUUAUGGUGCGGACUCGUGGCUGCUUAACCCUUGACAAGCUGGUCAACCUGGCUAAACUCUCCAUGGAUCAGGUACUGUGGUUCACGUCUGAAGGCCUGAGGUGGACCUGACAGUGAGGGCACUGAGGCCUAGGCCCGAGGUGGCGAGGGAAGCUGGUGGAGAUUGGAACUCAGGACCGGGUGCGGGCUGUCGUCCAGCUGGCGAGGCACAUUUGCAGCCGAGUAACGUGCUUGGGGUGGCGGCAGAGCUACCACCGAGGUCGACGCAGCUAGGGAGGAGCUCAAGGGGCCAUGCAGAGGGCAGACCCGGAUGAGGAGCUGGAAGGCAGCAUCUCAUUCGAUGGCGAGUGGCCGCCGGGACCCGUCCUGGGGGCCAAAGAGCGGGGCAGGAUGGGCAGCACCGCACCCCCCCACGGUUCAGAGCAAACCAAACCUGCCGCAAGACUCGGAGCAGAAUUCGAUAUUGCAUCUGCAAAGCCACUGAAGCCGAGCAGAACAAUCGCAAUGUCCCCGGGGGUGGAGGCCUACUGCGUGCGCUUCUCCCCCGACGGCACCCUGCUCGCGGUGGCCACCAGCGUCGGCACAGUGGAGCUGUUCCGCACCGUUGACGGGGCCGCGGCGUGCACCCUGGACCCUGGGGGCAAGCGCGAGCGGCGGCCGUGCACCGCCCUCUGCUUCCGGCCCAGCUCCGGCGGGGAGCUCACCAAGAAUGUGCUCCUCACAGGAGAUGCCCACGGAGACCUGCGGCACUGGCACGCCACGUCGGGCGCGUGCUUGAGCAGCCUGCACGAGGCGGGCAACCAGGUGCUGAGCGUGGCCUACCGCGCAGACGGCCAGCUGUUUGCGUCUGCGGGGCUGGACUGCGCGGUGCGCGUCUACAGCGAGGUCACCCGCACGUUGCUGCACACCCUCGCACACGGGGACGGCAAGACGACGGCGGGCCACUCGAACCGCGUGUUUGCGGUCAAGUUCCACCCCAGCGAGCCGCACCUGCUGGUCAGCGGCGGCUGGGACAGCACGGUGCAGGUGUGGGACCUGCGCGAGGGCCGCAGCGUGCGCAGCGUGUUCGGGCCGCACCUCUGCGGCGACGGCCUCGACCUGGCGGGCAACACGCUGCUCACCGCCGCAUGGGCGCCCACCGACCAGCUGCAGCUAUGGGACGUCAUGACGACGCAGCUGCUGGCCACCUUUGAGUGGGCUCAGCCGUCGCCGCAGAGCGAGCCGUGUCGGCUGUACGCCGCGCAGCUCGGGCGCGGAGCUGCGGAGGGGCUCAUUGCGGCGGGGGGCAGCGGCAGCAACGAGCUGCGCCUCAUCCGCAAGGCCACUGGCCAGGUGGUGGGCACCCUGCGGCACUUGGACAAAGCCAUCUACUCUUUGGGCUUCUCAAGCAAAGGCGACAUGCUCGUAGCAUGCACCCCGUCGUUCUGUCAUUUCUUCGACAUUGCGCAGCUUGGCAACUCAUAAGUAGAUAUGGCGGCCUCGUAAUUUCGGGAAGUCUGGCAUUGAAUAUUAUCGUGACAAUCCUCACCUUAGCCGAUAAGACGCGUAUCCGAACGACGCUCAAUCAUUGGAUGAUGGCGUUGCCAAAGGCCGGGGACAUAACGAACGUGAAUUUCAAAGAGGUAAUGUACUUUCGUUGUGUUCGUAAUGCUACUUUCAAUAUUGUUUUUCAUGUGCUUUCCUUGCUCUGGUCGUUUUGCCGUUGCCAAGUCUGCUGGCCCUUGGCAAAUGAUGGGUGAGUGCUCAAGGUACUCGGCUCUUGUCCUGAACGCUCAAGGAUCUCGAACUUAGGCUGGAUGGAGGCGGAAGAGUCGGGUGGAUGAUCACAACUAGGAUAUAUAUACCUCAAGAGAACUUGACAUUCAUUUGGAACCGAGAUACUGUCAUCCAAGC